AUGGCAGAAGAUUAUCGGAGAGGGAGAGUGGAACCUCCACGAGACAACCCCGACGACAUGCGCCACCCACCUCCUCCCGACGGUGAAGAUCGAAGGCGACUCGCGCCGGUAGGUCCAGAUGGCGCAGCGUUGCCGCCAAUGCCAUACCCGCCUCCCGGCCCCACGUAUCAGCCGGAUUCACGGUACCAGGAGAGGCCCUAUCCGUCAGACCCCAGAUAUCAGUCAGACCCACGGAGUUGGCCUCCGGAGCCCGCCCCGAGCGGCUAUCCCCCUCCUCCAGACGCCCGCUAUCCCGCGCCGUUUCCCCCACAGGAUCCGCGUCAGUACGACGACCGGCGUCAGUUUGACGACAGGCGACCGUACGAUGACAGGAGGCAGUACGAGGAUCGGAGGCAGUACGAUGACCAGAGACUGUACGACGAUCAGAGGCAGUACGGUGACCGGAGGGGAUAUUCUGAUCCGUACUACGAUCCCCAACAAGCGCCCCCUGGACGGGGUGGCGGAUAUGGCCCCGACUACUACAGGUACCCGCCAGCACCUUAUCCCUACGGGAUGGGCCCUCCACCGCCUCCGCCACCCCAGCAACAGUCAGCUCCUCGGCAGAGGACGUCGAUUGCCUGCCGCUACUGCAGGAAGAGGAAGAUCCGGUGCAGUGGUUACACACACACCACCAACGGCAAAUGCACCAACUGCGAUAAGCUCCGCAUCGACUGUAUAUUCCAGCCGGUGUCUUCGAACUCCUCGGCCGCCUUUGUUCCCGUGUCGGCGGUGCCGGGUGGAGUCCCGCCGGGAACACCGCUCUACGGUGCGUACGGGCAGCCUUUGCCCCCAUCCGCGGCGUCAGCUCCGCAGCCGCGCAACUACCCGUACCCUCCGUCUGAGUACACGCCUCCUAUGCAUUCGCCGACGGGAUCCUCAUUUACGGCUUAUGACGACAAGGACCCUGGGCGCCGCCGGACCCGUCCGCCAGAGGAGGAGCACAGCUCCCGGCCGCCUCCCCCAAAUUAUCCACUUGACGACGACCCUCGCAGGCGAUCCCCCGUCUCCAUUCAUAGCAACGGCACCCCGCCCGCGGCUUUCCGUCAGUUUCAGCAAAGCCCUUAUGGCCGGGACCGGCCUCCAACUCCCAACCAGAACAGCCCUGGUCGCUCCAUGCCGCCACAACCACAAUUUCGAGCUCCGCAAACUGUCCCGCAGGCGGGACCAUCGCAAGUGCAGCAGACACCAUCGCAGGUUUCGCCUCACCCAACGGCGCAGCCGCAGCCGCAGCCUCCUUCGACUUCGAAUGGCUACUCAAAUCCAAUGAGCCUGGGCAACCUGAUCGACCCGGGUCCGGGCUCUCGCCCUUCAGUGAACGACAUUGACCGGAACAUGCUGGGGAGGUUAAACCGGCGAUCAUAA